CUAAAAAUGCAAAGGAGGGAGAUGUUAAAUUCAUGAAGGCUUGCAUGUGCACCCAGUGGCGGACACUACGUCAGAGUCUCUACCAAUCCGGCUCCGUUUCUCAGUCGCGUGUGAGUAUUCGGCCGGGCAGCAGAAGCUAGGCUACUCGAGACCGCAGAAGAUGGCAUCACCAAGGACAAUAACAAUUGUCGCUCUUUCCUUCGCUCUUGGUCUGUUUUUCGUCUUCAUGGGUACUAUUAAGCUCACACCAAGACUAAGCAAAGAUGCAUACAGCGAAAUGAAACGAGCGUACAAGAGCUAUGCCAAGGCUCUGCCGGGCCUGAAGAAGAUGGGCAUCACCUCGGUGCUUCUGCGCAAGAUCAUUGGCACGCUGGAGCUUGGCUGCGGCGUGGUGCUGACUCUGGUGCCUGGGCGGCCCAAGGACGUGGCCAACUUCCUUCUGCUGCUGGUCAUGCUGGCAGUCCUCUUCUUCCACCAGCUGGUGGGCGACCCCCUGAAGCGCUACGCCCACGCCCUGGUCUUCGGGAUCCUGCUGACCUGCCGACUCCUCAUCGCCCGGCAGAACGAGGAGAGGCCCGAGAGGGAGGAGAGCAGACAGCAGCAUGUCAACGCUCAGGAAAAGAACAAAGUCAAAGUGUCCUAGUGCGUCACACUCUGCUCCACCCCUCCCCGUCCCCUGGCCCCAUCCCCACCUUUCCAUGCUGUGCAGAACCAUGCCAAGAGGAUGUAUGGACGUCCCAUUGGAUUAUAGAAUUACUGAUGAAACAAAACAGUUGUCACACAAAAACGAUAGCUGCAGCCCUCCUGACUGGCGGUCUGAUUGUUUUCCACCUGCUCUCUUCUGACAGGCAGCCCACUGCCCCCCCAUACCCCCUGUGACCCAUGCUGUCUAUACCUUUGCCAUAAAAAUCUCUCACUUCUGCCUACUGUUAUGAGUUAGUACCUAAUGGAAACCUAAUGUUAUGCAAUGAGACUCCUCCAUUUCUUUGUUUUGUUCAUAAUGUAAGCAUUUUAUUGUGCCAUCCUAUAAUAAAUAAUGGUAUUGUAA